GUGGACGAGAACAUGCAGCUGGAGCUGGUGAGCCUCAAGCAGUGCUACUCGGGCUACAGCGACGAGAGCGACUCGGCCACCGUCUAUGACAACUGCGUCUCCUCGCCCUACGAGUCGGCCAUCGGCGAGGAGUACGAGGAGGACGCGCUGAAGCGCGACUCUGUCUGCCUCUCGGAGGACUCCACCCCCGAGGCGGACAUCCACUUCUCCAAGAAGUUCCUCAACGUCUUCAUGAGCGGCAGGGCACGCUCCUCCAGUGCCGAGUCCUUCGGGUUGUUCUCCUGCAUGAUCAACGGGGAGGAGCAGGAGCAGACCCACCGUGCUGUCUUUAGGUUCGUGCCUCGCCACGCGGAUGAGCUGGAGCUGGAGGUGGAUGAUCCUUUGCUGGUGGAGGUGCAAGCAGAAGACUAUUGGUAUGAGGCCUACAACAUGCGGACGGGCGACCGGGGCAUUUUUCCUGCCUACUAUGCCAUCGAAGUCACCAAGGACCCAGACCACCUAACAGCUCUGGCCAAAAGCAGCGACUGGGUGGACCAGUUUCGAGUGAAGUUCCUUGGCUCAGUGCAGGUUCCCUAUCACAAGGGCAACGACGUGCUGUGCGCGGCCAUGCAGAAGAUUGCCACCACCCGGCGCCUCACUGUGCACUUUAACCCGCCCUCCAGCUGCGUCCUGGAGAUCAGCGUGCGUGGUGUCAAGAUUGCUGUGAAAGCUGAUGACUCCAAGGAGCACAGCAAGGUAAACAAGUGUAGCCAUUUUUUCCAGCUGAAGAACAUUUCCUUUUGUGGGUACCAUCCAAAGAACAACAAAUAUUUUGGGUUCAUCACCAAGCACCCUGCUGACCACAGAUUUGCCUGUCACGUCUUCGUCUCGGAGGAGUCCACGAAGCCACUGGCAGAGUCUGUAGGGAGGGCUUUUCAGCAGUUCUACAAGGAGUAUGUGGAGUACACGUGCCCCACGGAGGACAUCUACCUGGAGUAGGGGCUGGCCCAGGCACCUCCUGCACAGCCAGGGCUGCAGUUUCGCCCCUUCCCAGCGUCGUGCAUGGACAAGAGCU